AUGCGAAUCACCCCAUUGACUGACGACUACAAUCCACGGGAUAACCUCAGCGAUCAAUAUUUGUGUGAAUACGAGGCAACUCUCGAAUUGGAUUUCAUUGAACGCAUUCUCAAUCGUAUGUCCCAUAAUCAGCUGUUCUUCACACACAAGUUGAUUCAGCCGAUGUUGCAGCGCGAUUUUAUCGCCUUGUUGCCGCAGCAUCUUGCUGAAAUGAUACUUCUUAACUUGGAUGCUCAGACAUUAGCUGCGUGUGAAGCAGUCAGCACGAAAUGGCGGGCUGUUCUGGCCAAGGGCCAGCUUUGGAGGAAAGUUAUAGAACGCAAUGUUCGAACGGACAACAUGUGGCGCGGAUUGAGCGAAAAGAAGAAAUGGCGCAAGUUUAUUUUGGUCAGCAGAGAUUGCGCUGCCCAUGAAAUUUGCGAUAAUUAUCGUGUUCCAUACGAAAUGAUGAGAGGCUCUGCGGAAAUGAUUAUGUUACAACAUCGAUUCUACAGGGAGCUGUUCCCGAAAGUUGUCAACGACAUUGCGAAAAUCGAAUCUAAUUGGCGCAAUGGUGUUUACAAACUGAGCAGUAUUAAUUGCCGAUCGGAAAACAGUAAAGGUGUGUAUUGUUUGCAAUAUGACGAUGAAAAAAUCGUUUCUGGUCUACGCGACAACACCAUUAAGGUGUGGAAUCGCCAAGACUUAAGUUGCGAGCGGGUAUUGUCAGGGCAUACGGGUUCCGUGUUGUGCCUUCAGUAUGACGAGAGAGUAAUCAUUUCGGGUUCAUCUGAUGCGACAGUCCGUGUAUGGGAUGUUGCUACAGGAGAAUGUUUGAAUACUUUGAUUCAUCACUGUGAAGCGGUCUUGCAUCUGCGUUUCAAUGAUGGAAUUAUGGUCACAUGUUCCAAAGAUCGUUCGAUCGCUGUUUGGGACAUGGUGUCACCACGUGAAAUCAAUCUUCGACGGGUUUUGGUAGGGCAUCGUGCGGCUGUAAACGUCGUCGAUUUUGAUGACCGCUAUAUUGUCAGUGCCUCCGGAGAUAGAACGAUAAAGGUAUGGUCUGCUGACAGCUUGGAGUUUGUUCGCACUCUCUCGGGUCAUAAACGCGGGAUUGCUUGUUUGCAGUACCGAGGACGUCUUGUCGUAUCUGGAUCUAGCGAUAACUCUAUAAGGCUCUGGGAUAUCCAUUCUGGUGUAUGCCUACGUGUUCUUGAAGGCCACGAAGAACUUGUACGGUGCAUUCGAUUUGAUGAUAAGCGAAUUGUUUCUGGAGCGUAUGAUGGCAAAAUUCGUGUCUGGGAUUUGGAAGCUGCUCUUGAUCCACGAUCGUCUCCUAGUUCCCUGUGUCUUAGUACUUUGGUGCCAACAUCUCAGCAGACCAGCGGCGCCUCUCCACCCAGUAACACACAAGAGGAUCCGGCGCCACCGACUGCUUUGCCGUCUAGCUCAGCAGAACGGACGAUUGCUACUGACGGUGCAUGCAGUCCUCCACAGAGUCCACCCAGAGAGGAUGAUGCAUGUGGACAAGCUGGACCAAUAUUCGAGUACACUAAGCAUAAUUGA